AUUGUAAUUUUGCGACAAUGACAGUUGGUUUGCUUCUGGAUUGUCUCCCUGAGAACUUCACCUCCAUCUUAACUCUUUGGAACACUGAAUCCCCGGAACAACUGCAAGGGUUCAUGCAGGAAAUCAAAUCAAAAUUCCCCAAAGUCUCUAACAUAGCUUUCGAGCAAUGCCAGCAAAUCGAGACAUCAACUAGAGCUGCGAACUCUUUUGAAAUUGUGAUUUUAACCGAUUCAAUUGAAUUAAGCGAGCCGAUUCUUGAAUUUUGCUCUAAAACUAUGAAAUCUGAAGGCUCUUUGAUUGCGGCUGCUCCUGAUGAUGCUUCGCAUGAAAGCAUAUCGAAGACUGUCAGGCUAUCUGGACUCUCAUGCGGCAGUGAUUUCGAGACAGUUAACGGAAUCAAGGUUUUGAAAGCAAGCAAAAAGUUCUCAACUGGUGCUUCGCAGAAAUUGACUUUUGGCUCAAAAUCGGCCAGCAACUCAACCGGGAGUGCAAAGGUGUGGAAACUAAACAUGGACGAUGACGAUGAUUUGAUUGAUACCGAUGCUCUUUUGACCGAAAAAGAUCUUAGCCGACCGACUGCUGAUUCACUCAAAGCAGAAUGUGGGCCCAAAUCAGGUAAAAAGAAGGCAUGUAAAAACUGCACUUGUGGACUGGCAGAGGAAUUGGCGGGAAAAGAUGCGCCACCUGUGAAAAGUAGUUGUGGUUCCUGUUACUUGGGAGACGCAUUCCGCUGUAGCUCCUGUCCUUACUUGGGAAUGCCUCCGUUUAAGCCAGGCGAAACUGUCAAGCUAGACACUUCGUAAAAUGAUUGACUCCUUCGCUUUCGUUUGUAAGAAGUGCUAUUCUGGAUAUUAUGAUAGGGUAGAACAGAACUGAAAGAUUGAUGUUUCGUAACAAUUGUAACAAUAUAUAUAUUUUUACCAA